AUGGAAGCAGAGGUUGGAGUGACACAAUUGCAGGCUUUGAAGGUGGACAGGGGGCCACGAGCCAAGAAACACCGGCAUAGCCCUUGCCCUUUCACCCCCAACAGCCUGUCCCUGGACUCCUUCCCCCCGAAUCACAGCCUGGGGCACACCGUGGCUGCCCUGUCCUCUUGGACAGAGCUCACCCUCGAGAGCCUCCUCUGGCCAGCACUGGGGCCGGUCGCCGGGCUCCGCGCCCUGGGCUGCUGAUGUGUCUCCGGGGAACGUCUGAGGGAAGCGGCGAUGUUCAAGGCUGGUUCCACCUUCAACCACGUGGUGCAGAAUGAACAAUCAGAAACUCACACUCCGGAGGCCUAGUUCCGGCACCCUUCUUCCGUGGGGUGGUUUUACUGGGCUAUCUGAACCCAGGGGAUGCUCUGCAACCCCAUCUGCGGCGGGGGCUGCCUGGCGGUGUGGCGGUUCUUCGGCGACCGGACGGAAGAGGAAAUCUCACUGACCCGCUUCUUUGGAGACGCCCUGGAGUAUAAGAAGUGGGUGCCCACGGGCCUGCCUUUCGUAAAAGGGGUCAAGGUGGAGCUAUGA